UGCCAGUUGUCCAGUUGUGUUCAGUUUCAGCAGCAUCAGGGAGAGUCAACAUGAGCCGCAGUCCAGAGAGGAUGUCCUCAUACCGCCGUCAUUUUGAGGGCACCUUGGCCGCCCCUCCUGCCCUACAGCUCAGGGUGAGCAGUCCCUCUCCUUCCCGCAGGGAGACUCGACACCGCUCGGUCAGCUUCACCAGGAGUGGUGGGGCGGUGGGACGCAGGGCCCUCCCCAAUAAAGCUCGCAUAACCAGCAGUGUGAGUAUGGGAACGCUGUGUUUCGGUAUGUCAAUGGGGUUUGGGCCAAAACUGGACCUGGAUGCUGCUGCAGCAGAAAACCAGGCCUUCAUGGCGACUCGCACCAACGAGAGGCAGGAGAUGGUGGCACUCAAUGACCGCCUGGCAGCUUAUAUUGAAAAGGUGCGAACACUGGAGUCACAAAACAAGUUGCUCGAAACUGAGAUCGAGGGCCUGAAGGGCCGCUACGUCAAACCAUCAGGACUCAGGCAGCUGUAUGAGUCUCAGCUUAGGGACCUCUACAGGGAGGCCGAGCAGAUGAGAGCCCAGAGGGACAUGUCUUUGGCAGCCAAGGACACAAUGUUGGGCCAGUUGGACAUGUUGAAAGCCAAAUAUGAUGAAGCUGUGGACGCCAGGAAGAAGACAGAGCAUGACAUCGAGCAACUUCGCCCUGAUGUGGAUCAAGCGACCUCAGCGCGCAUUACUCUGGAGAAGCACCUAGAAAACCUGGAGACCGAGAUGGCCUUCCUGCAGAGAGUUCACAAGGAGGAAAUUGAGGAGCUCAUGCAGCAGAUCUAUUCAGUAACAUCCAAGGUGGACGUGACGUUUGGCCUCCCAGAUCUCUCCUCUGCACUGAGACAAAUUCAGGCUCAGUAUGACAGCAUUGCUGCCAAAAACCUACAGGAAAUGGACACCUGGUACAAGUCAAAGUUCCAGGACCUGAACAAGGCCUCUACCAAACACGUUCAGAGUGUUCGAAGUGUGAGAGAGGAAAUGACAGGCUAUAAGAAGGAUCUCCUCAACAAGGAACGGGAAUUGGAGACACUGAAGACAAGAUAUGAGUAUUUGGAGGCUCAGCUCCGUGACGCAGCUGAGAAACACAAAAUGAAGGAGGAUGAUUUACUGGAACGUAUUGAAUCGAUUAAACUGGAUCUUAAUGUGACCAAGGAAAAAAUAGCUCUACUGCUGAGGGAAUAUCAGAACCUCCUGAACAUAAAGAUGGCUCUAGAGAUUGAGAUAACCACCUACAGAAAGCUGAUUGAGGGGGAAGACAGCCGUCUUAGCACCAUGGUUGGUCACCUGUCCUGUCUGACAGGAGGCCUGUCCCUCACGUCCAGUGUUGGACAUGCAGCAGCCUCAGCCUCAGCCGCAGAUAGUCUUACACCUCCAACCUCUUCCAAACUGGACAUUUCACCUAGUGUCAAAAGCCAAAGCUUGGCUGAGAGGGCGGCAGAUGGUAGCAAAGCCCCAGUGGAGCUGGCGUCGUCAGACACCCAGACAGACGGUAGCUUGGGGGAGCAGCCUACAGAGAUGUCGGAGAGGAAGACACUUCUCAUCAGAACAGUUAAGACAGAUGAGGACACUUUUGAGAGCAACACACAGGAGCGCACCAUUACCAUUUCUGGAGCAGCUGAUGACACAGAUGAAGAAUAAUCAAUUCAUUUUACGAGCUGACUACAUUCCGUACACCAUCUAUGUUAGUCAGACUUUUUUUCAAUGCUUUGAAAAAUCCUCCAAAGGUGCACUCCCAACAGCCUGCAGCAUUUCCAAUGGCUGUGUUUAACUUCCAUGGAGACUUCACACUGUGUUCCGUUACUCUGCUCUGCCUGCUUCUAACUCUGUCAGCCUCUGUUUGCCUUUUUGCUCACUUAAUCCUCCUGUGUGACAGGGACUUGUCUUUGUAAGAGUAACAGUAAAAGUAGCAGAAUAAACAACACGCAAGCAUAGUUGUGUCA